AUGGGUGUUGGGAGCGCACCACCGCUCACGCGGUGGGUGGUUGGAUACGACUACAAUGGGGUUGGUCACGCCAACGACCGCGUCCCCGACUCCGUAACCGGGCAUCCGACAUUGCACCUUCGAGCCCGCGGUCGUCCCCAGGUGUACCCUGUACCUGCCAUCUAUCGGCAGGUGCAUCUCUGCCACGCAUGCUCAAUCAGCGGCGAACAUAUGACGGACAGCUCUCAAGCUUGUGGGGUAGUGCCGGGCAGGGGGGUUCGAGUCAUCGUGGUGUUUGCCGCCACAGAUUUCCGCCAAGCCACGCCGGGAACGACCGGGUGCGACAGGUACCUGUACAAUGAAUGUCAUCAUUCCAUCAACCAAGACACCUUCACCUGAGGACGUCGGUCUCGUGUUGUCGGAGAGACACAGCAACCACUGACCGCGAUGCGCGUCUACCAAAACCCGAAACGAGCAGUAUGGCAUGGGUUUGCGACGAACGUACCAAAGCGUUUGGCGGGGUAUGGAAGUCCGUACCUUGCAUUCGGGGUAAUUCUAUUUACGUCACCGGUGGCGUUAUUUCUUAUAUACGUCACCGCCCGUAUCUCAGCCCACAGAGCUUCAAUUGGCACAAAAUGAAUUGCGUUGUGUAGCUAUGACCCACACCAGUCAUACAAGCCAACUUGAAGCAAAAUCCACUCUGUAGUUGGAGAGGCAUGCUCGAAAAAGGGGUCUCAGCGGAAUCAAACGGUGGGCACCCACCACAUAUUCCACCGUAACUCCGCGGCAAGAGCUCCAAUCGACGUCAAACAAACUGUGCUGGUUGACUAAACGCCGUAGCCGUCGUUCAAGCCAUCGGGAACGUCCAUCCGACCAGUGGUUGCCGAGGUAUGCUCCCCCACGGGGCACUGUGGCGCCGUAGGGCGGUGGCGUAUAUAAGCUUAUAUACGACACCGCCCGGAUCUCAGCGCACAGGUCGUUAAAUGACACGCGACAACGUCCGCUGUGCUGGAACGAUUCCCCGCUAUUGUUGAGGCCAUCGGGAACGUCCAUCCGACCGGUGGUUGCGGAGAUAUGCUCUCCCACGGGGGCAAGGUGGCGCCGUAGGGCGGUGUCGUAAAAAGCUAGUAUACGAGAUCGCCCUUUGGUCUCAGCGCACAGGUCGUUAAUUGACACGCAACAACGUUCGCC